AUGUCUGACUCAUUGGACUCCACAGGCAGCAAGCGGUGCCCCCUGAGAGCUCAUAGCUCAGGUAAAGCCGGCAGAUCUAGAGUCGAGGUUCACAAGCAACUCAAUGAAUUAUACUCGCGAGAGAGCGCCAGGCAUCCGGAGCCGUAUAUUCACGUGGCGCUACACCACCAUGACGCACUGGACGAUCUCAUUGCGAAGUUGCGGAAAUCCGGACCCAAGGUCGAGGAUGCGCUUCUCGAGGUCAAAGAGCAGCUUAAAGCCGGCUUGAACCCCGACAUGCUGCGCGAGGCGAUGAGCAUCUAUCUCACCCAUUCGCAGGAUGCAAAGGAACGCCAAAUCCAUGCACUGCCUCUGAAGGAGCAUUCAGCCUUCAAACAACACAAAACUGAGGCUGAAACCAAAGGAUCGAAUCCAGUGCCUACCACGGUGUCCGGUGAAAUUGUCACUCCCGACAGCCUGCAGGGCCCAGCAUUGUUGUCUUACUGGCGCGACGACUAUGACAUGAACGAUGCUCACUACCACUGGCACAUUGUUUACCGCGGUGCCGGUGGUGACAACGCGCUCAACACCCGUACCAUAAAUCGACAGGGGGAGUUGUUCCUGUACACCCACUCGCAGAUGUUGGCCCGAUACGAGGCCGAAGGUCUCUGCUGGAACCAGCCACUAGUUCGUCCUUGGAACCUGUACGAUGAGGUGCUGGAGUGGGGAUAUCAGCCAGUGCCUGCGCUGCAGGAAUACUACUCGGGUUACGAGUCUUUCUCCUCGUGGUACCGCAUUCGCAACCCCGACAUGGCCGACGUCCCAGGCGUCACCAUUGGCGUUGGUGAUAUGGAGGAAUGGCGCGACAACAUAUAUGAAGCGAUUAAGAAGGGGUAUAUCGAGACCAAGAGAGUUACCAGGAACCGGAUCCAGUACAAGCCCUUACUGCUGACCGGCGAAAACAUUCUGAACUUCAUCGGGGGCCUUCUCGACGCGCAAUACAAGUAUUUUGAUAAGGAAGAUAAUGGCUUUGUAGUUGACCAGGAUCGCUACGGUAUUCUUUACAACUAUGGGCUGGGCAAGUUUGCCGAAAUGUCGUACCGCGCCGCUGAGAACGGCCACUACGGCCUCAUGAUCUCCAACUUCGGCGCCGCCCGCGACCCCUGCUUCUACCCUUGGACGAAGCACAUUCAGGAUUUCGGCCGCUUGGCAGGCGCUCGUUACCCGCAGGAUAUCACCCAGUAUGGUGCUGAGGUUACGUUGUCCAAUUUGGUGCUCCGGCCGCAGGACAGGAAUCACCCUCUUUACAGCAAAGGAGGGGUGGUCAGUAUCCUCGGGCCCCCUGCCACAGACAUGCUCGAAACUAAGGCAAAACUGGAUCAUGAGCCUUAUGAAUGGAGUGUAGAAGUCACCAGCACCAAAUCCUCUUCCAGAAGGAGUCCACAACAUGUGACGCUGCGGCUGUUCAUCGCGGCCAAGGAGCUGGUCAACCACUAUCACCACUGGAUCGAGAUGGACAAGUAUACAGUGACAUUGACUGGCAAUUCGACCACAGCUAAGGUGCGGCUGGAUAGGGAAUCCUCAGUGGCGCGGAAGAUGUACAAUUACAGUGAACCGGAUCCGGCUCACGCCUCAUCCUGGUGUCGCUGCGGGUGGCCGCAGAACAUGAUGCUGCCGGUGGGACGAACGGAGGGGAUGUCGUUCGUGGCCUUCUGCAUGGCCACUGAUGACAAGCUGGACAUGGAGAACGUCGAGACCCCGUCAAUCAGCUUCUGCGGUGCCAACGCUAAGAAGCAGACCUAUCCGGACCCGCGUGGCAUGGGUUACCCCUUCGACCGCGCCUGGACGCAGCUCGCAGAUGCCACCACCGGCAAGAUCUCGCUGGCCUCCAUCAUAGCCCCGGAGAACCCAGACUAUCCGUUCCUCACUAGCAGUGAGUUCAAGAUUUUCCGCACAUACAACUGGCGCAACCCUAAUGCGGUCCCGCCUCCAACCAAUGUCACCUGGCACAACACUAUCAAGCACUACUUUCAGGACCAAGACAUCGCGUGCAUGCGCAAUGAGUACGGCUAUAACCUCGGCCAGUACGAGGACGUCUUCUACCACCACGCUAACAUCUACGAAGCCACCGUCAGUGGCCGCAUGCCGCUCCAGAUGCCCCCGUUUAGCCAGGUGAAUCCCGAUCCCGAACAUCCGCUGUGGACCGUUGAGAUGUGCGAGAACUUCCGUGCCUGGAUGCUCAACAAAUGCCCGAAGGGAGACGAGGAAGAACCCAAGGAAGUUCCUGUUUGA